GUCACAUUCAGUUUCUGUCUGCAGCUAGAGAUCGUUUGUAAGGCGUUUUCUUUGCAUUAUGGCCACAUCAAUCAAAAUGAUACAGAAGCGCAACGUUGUAGUUCUCGGCAAAACAGGGUCAGGGAAAUCUACAGUUGCUAACAGAAUUUCUGCAUCUGAUACUUUCAAAGUGUUGAAAACAGCCAAAAGUGUCACUUCUAAAGUUAGCCAUUGCGAAGUCAGUUUGGAUGAUCAACAAUCUAACGUACGUUACGAUAUCAAGGUCAUAGAUACAAUUGGCCUGUUCGAUAAUAGUCCAAAUACCGCCAGAAGAACCAACGCAGCCAUAAUAAAGGAAAUCAAAGAGUACUUUAACAAGAAUAUACCUGAAGGGAUUACCUUGGUGCUGUUCGUCUUCAGACAGGGACGUUACACCCAGGAAGAAGAGGACACCUUCAAGUUUAUUACUGACAACUUUAAGAGCAACAUCUCUGACAUGUGUGCUUUAAUAAUAACCAACUGUGACGGUGAAGACGACGCAGAAAGAAAGAAAAUCAUUGCCGACUUCAGCAGCCACGCAGGUCAAACUGCAGAAUUAAUGGGAAAAGGUAUUUAUGCUGUGGGGUUUCCUGAAGCCAAAAAGAUGAGAAAAACUUUGGAAGACGACAUAAAAAACGAUGAGGAGAUUCUAAGAAAUCUAGUGAAAAAGUCUGGUGAAAUGCGACUCGGCAAAGAACUUUUUGAACCAACCUUCUGGGAAAAGGUGGCUGAAUGUACCAUCCUUUGAAAGGUUUUUCAACCACUGGCUAAUAUCAAUAAUCUGAACUGAUUUCACUCACUCAUUUUAAGACGUCUAGGCUACGUGCAAUUUUAUUUAAAUCCCUGAAGUACUAUAUUGAACUUUUAAUGAAUGAAUUAGGCACACAAUAUAAAAAGAACUUUAAAUAUCAACAAUUUUAGAUCAUCAGACUUAUCUAUAUAACAUUUGUUACAAUAGUUCACUAGCUCAACAUUGUAUUUUUCUUUCCGUGAUGCUUUUGCAAAGGCUGAGGCCUUUAUUUCCAGUUGAGAUAAUUGUUGUAAUUUUUUUGUCAAGUACAGGUAAUUUAGUACAUUAAACUGAACAUUUGACAUGAAAA